UUAAGUAUCUUUCAAUGAGAAAGAUUUUACCAACCUACCUUUGCCUUCCGACUUCGUUGUUCUUUUGCAUUCUCAUGCUCCUGAUUUAUCCCAACUCUAUUUGAAUUAUAUACAGUUCACGGGCCAAGACCAGGAACUGGGUUUAAUUCUGAAAAGAAAUAGGCCUAAAUUACUGCCUUUCAGGUCAAUUCUUCUCAAGGAGCCCAAGUUUUUGACUACUGAUACCCCUUGGGCCCAUAUGACUCCCAUUUUCCUUUUGAUCCUACACAUUUGACGUUGAUUUCCCCUUCAGGUUCUUGUUUUUAUCUUUGGGUCUUCAAUUUAAGCAGUUUACCAAGGGCGAAGACUAACUUUUAAGUAGCACCUACCAAGCUUGUAGAUCUUGUGGUUGUCUCGAUCUGUUCUGUCCUAUAAGAUUCGGGUUGUCUUUGGUUUUGGAAGAUGGAUGCGAUUUCCCAAUUAGAAGAACAAGUGAAUUCAAUAGCUGGCCUAGCCUUAAACACUUUCGGGACAUUGCGAAGAGAUGCUCCACUGGUCACACUUUCCCCAUAUUACCCAGAACCCCCUGCUAAUCCCAUGGAGGAGUCAGCGAAUUUCGCCAAUCAACCUAAGCUUAUGAGUGCUGCUCUUGUUAAGGCUGCUAAACAGUUUGAUACAUUGGUUGCAGCACUUCCAUCUUCCGAGGGAGGCGAAGAAGCUCAACUGAGAAGUAUUACUGAAUUCCAGGUAUAUAGAGUCAACUGCUUUACUCAUUACUGUUUUCGUUUUAAAUUACAUAUCGGGAAUUCUUUGUUAAUUGUCUUUUCUUUUUUGUUCUAAUCUUACCUGUUGUCCAGGCUGAAAAUGAUGCUACAGGCCAAGAACUUCAGAAGCAACUGGAGGCUGCAGGUACAAUUUCCCAUGUUGUUAAGAGAUAAUAUCAGUGUGAA